CUUAUCUGUAUUCUGUUAAUAAUUGAUUGAUUUUGAACACAUACUAUCAAAUAAAAUUAAUUAGUAAACUAAUUAUUAAUUAAAUUCUUACCCUUUAAUUCAAAUUUUGAAAUAUCGAAAUGGAAAACGAUGAUCAAAAAUUUUGUUCUUUAAAGUUAGAUGUAAACUUAAAUGAAGUCUGGCGAACCUGUCGCAAGCUACAAGCAGCUAUAUUUCGACAUGGUUUCAAUAUAAACCAUGAAUUUGCUCGCAAUGAUCCUAAAGGACAUGGAUUAAUAUCAGAAUCCAAAUUUACAAGUGUUUUAAUGAAAUAUAAAAAAAUAAUUGGCUUAUCAGAAUUUGAAAUUCGAGAAUUAACUGAUUACUUUCGAAUUCGAGAUGGAAGAAUUGCUUACAAACAAUUUUGUGGAGUUCUUUGUGAGAAAGGUCAGGAGCACAGCCAAAAUCUAGACACUGCAGAUGGACUUGAAUGGAAUGAUCCGAUGCAUGUUAAUAUUUUGAAUGAUCAGGAAAAACGUCAGUUAUGUAUUUUACUGAUGAAAAUAGCUAAAACUUGUAUCAUACCACUGUUUCCGUAUUUUCAAGAUUAUGAAGUGGUAACAAGAAAUUCUGGUACAGUAACUGUAGCUCAUUUUUCAAGGGUCUUGCAUUUUAUGAAACUCUCUCUUUCCGAAAAGGAUUUUAUGCUCUUAAUAAAACGUUAUAUGAAAGAUUCAUACACCGUUAAUUAUGUAGCAUUUGUAAAACAUAUUGAUGCCAUAAUAAAAUAUCUAAAAGAACAAGGAUUAAUGGACCAAUCAAAUAACUUGGUUUCUUUUCCUGGACAAUUGAUCGACCUUGAACUUCCCGAAUUGCCAAUUCCAAAUGCUGAGGGCAUCAAUAAAUACACCACAACCUUUGAAAUUCCCCAUAAGUCUGAUAAUGCUAUUUGUGAUACAAUAUUUACAAUACAAAACUAUGUUUAUGAAAAUGGUAUUCGCAUCUCAGAAUUUAUGGAACCAUUCGAUGUUCUUAAAUCGGGAAGUAUUACAAGAAAUCAAUUUGUGCGGGCUUUAGAUUGUGUUGGCAUUUCUGAAUCGAAGCGUUUAAGACUAGGCGAAAGAGAAUUUGAAUCGAUUUUUUCAACAUAUGCUGACCCGAUUGAUUUCAGUCGUGUGAAAUGGAAACAUUUUUGCGAUGAAAUUGACAAAGUUUUCACUGAAAAACACCUUGACAAACAACCACGACUUCCUGUGGGGGAGCCUCUAAAAUAUAUCAAAACUUUACCUAAGCCAGGUCAACAUAAUUGGAAAGAUCAAUCUGAAACUAUUCGAGAUCUUUGUGAAGAAACUAUUAAACGAAUACAAAUUAAAAUCAAUACAAGGCGAAUUUAUUUGCAUCCAUUUUUCAAAAAUUUCGAUAAAUUAAAUAAAGGAUAUGUGCGUCCAAGCCAAGCCUUUCAGGCACUCUUGAGUAAUACCAUUCUGAUUUCUGAAGAAGAAUUUGCAGCACUCGAGAAGCGUUAUUGUAAUGAUAUGGGUUUCAAUUACAUGCGGUUCUUGGAAGAUAUAGAUCCAACUGAAUAUGCUUUCCCCAAGUUAAAAGAACCUUUGCCUAUAAGAGAAGUUCAUGAACCUGAAAAACCGUGUCUGAUAAAGGCCAAGCCCACAGAACAAGAUGUAAUUCAGGCCCUUUCUAAGAUAAAAAGACAAAUGUCCAUCAAUAAUGUUAAAAUUAUUGACUUCUUUGUGGACUACGACCAUCACAGGGAAAAUCAAAUUCCGGAAUCGGACUUCCGACGAGGACUUGAUAAUGCUGAUGUAAAACUUACUGUCCCCGAAGUUGAUAUAAUUUGCGACAUAUUCCGUUCUUCUAAUCGCGGUUGUUCAGUUCGGUAUCGAGACUUUUGCAAUACUCUCGAUGAGAUUUUCAUUCAAGAAUCCUCUGUACAAGACAACGAAUUAUCAGCUCCUUUAAAGCAUUUCCCAUGUGUUGAUUGUGUGCAAUGUUUCCUAAAUUUUGAAGAACGUACAUCAGCAUCCAGGGCUCUUCAGAAAUUAGCUACCAAACCAGAUCAAAUUUCAAAUCUUCAAUCGUUAUUUAAAGAUUUCGAUAAAGAAAAUUGUGGGACAAUAACACAAAAUCAAUUUCUUCGAGCAUUGACGGUUCGUGAUAUGAACAAUUUAAUCAGUAGAAAUGAAUUUGAAGUUGUUUGCAAAUGUUUUGGUUACGAAAGAGGUUUGCGUAUUGAGUUCGACUAUAGAGCGUUUUUGAAUAUCAUAAAUAUUUUACAUGAAACUGGACAAGUUAAACGACACGUGUGAGAAAUUAUCAAAGAUUUAAAUUGUUUAAAUAUUUGUAUUUUCUUUCUUUAAAUGAAAAAAUUAGUUAUAUAAUUUAUGAGUUUUUUUUUGGA